UGUAAUGACGCUUCUGUCAAAGUGACCCUUUUGUCAUCUCGAUUUCCAUUUACAAGAGGACAUGCUGUCAAAGUGUCAGAAAGCUUCUCGUCGGCACCUGCGUUCUGGAUAUCCAGAGAAAGGCAAACUGUAAAUUUUGAAUCAAUAUAGACCUGCUGCAGUUGUGUGCAAGAGUGCAAAGAUAUAUAAGCAGGUUGGCUGGAAUGAUAGUGGAAAGUUUUGCUUCAAAGUUUAGUUGAAGAACAGCGUUCACCCCAACAAUUAUGCCUUUCACAUAAGCUACCUUUUAGCAGAAGAAACGCUAACUGGUAACUAAACUUAAAAUCAAAACGAUAAUUUGCACUCACUAAGACUGAAUCUUCGUCUUCACGAGACAGGUUGCAACAUUGACAUUUUCACUUUGGCUGACCGAAGCACCGACAAAAUCCAAAAACUGUAAUCGUUCAGUUGUUGUGGGUCAAAAGCAUGAGCACCUCAUACAGAAUCAACAACAUGCAAAAUGACACAAGUUCCAAAAUGGCUGAUCUUGGCCCAGCAGUUACAAUCGCCGAAACCAGCGUUUGUCUACUCAUGAACUUCAUAUCGCUAAACGGGAAUCUUUUAGUGUGUUUAGCUGUUUAUAAAAACCCUCGCUUGCGAACCACGACUAACAUCUACAUUAUCGGAUUGGCACUAACCGACUUGCUUUCAGCCAUGUUCGUGAUGCCGUUUACUGCUGGCGUCCUCGUAACAAGAAAAUGGCCGUUUGGAAAUUUCUACUGCAACAUACAAGCGUUUCUAGUCAAUUUUGGACUAUUUACUUCCACUUCAAUCAUGGCACUCACAGCCUUCAACAGAUACAUGAGAAUUGUCCAUACAAACAGAUACAAUACUUUAUUUUCGAGAUUUAAAUCUCGCAUAUUACUGGGGACGUUUUGUAUCAUUAUAGCCUCGUAUAUCGCCAUACCAGGCUUGACUGGAUUGCAAAAUUUUGAAUUUGUUCCCGAGUAUGCCACCUGCCAUGUGACUCACGCGAGUGAGGAAGGCAUGAUAGUUCAUUAUUGCAUCGUUGUAUUCUUCUUUCUUGUUUUUCCAUUCAGUUUGGCGACAUUCUGUUACGUCAAGGUGUUUAGGACCAUUAAGAACCACAAUCUCGAAGUAGCCCCAAAUUUACAGUCGAGAAUUCGCGACGCUCACAUCACCACCCAAGAGAUCAAAAUUUCAAAAUCUCUGUUCGUGGUGGUGUUAGGAUUCGGGAUGUGUUGGAUACCCGCAUGGAUUCUCGCUUUGAUCAUGCGCUUUAGUGCUUUUCCAUCUUUGCCCAGAGAAUUUUUUCUAAUUCACACUGCACUAGUCUUCCUAAGCAGCUCUACUAAUGUAUUCAUUUAUGCUGGAAUGAACAACUCGUUCAAAGCAGAAUUUCGACGUUUGCUGUCUUGUGAAAUUCGCGCCAAGUUAUCUGCCAAGGUUUCUCCGAAUUUUACUGGCCGUAGACCGAUCGACCAAGGACUACGGCGAAAAUUCAGUAGAUAAACCUGUAUUUGGGAUUUAGUCAGAUGGAUGGGGAUCAUUCACUUUUAAGAAGGCUAGAAAUUUCAGAAAAAAAAUUAAGCCGAGACAUUAGCCAAACAGAUGAUAUCUCCAGCUAUUCUGUAUUCAAAUGUUGGUAGAGACUAAGAUGUCAUGCUAAUGCAUUGACGCAACUGGAGCCCUUGGGGUCUAUUUGCACAGUCAAAUGAGAAAAGCCCCCUGCAAUCAUUUU